GUAGAUUUCCUUCCGUUACGCGGCUGCUAACAGAACAGAACAUGUCUGGAAAAAACAUGGAGGAGAAAGUUGAGCAAGCUACAAACAGGAAAAACAUAUCUCUGCCUAUGUCGAGGGUGCGAUUAAUCAUGAAAAGUUCUCCCGAUGUGUCCUGUAUUAACCAGGACGCUCUUUUCUUGACAACAAAAGCAACGGAGCUUUUUGUCCAGCACUUGGCUCUGUCCUCAUAUAAAAAUGGUUCGGGUAAAGAGACAAACACACUGUCGUACAGUGAUCUGGCCAAUGCAGCAGAGGAGUCGGAAACAUUUCAGUUUUUAACCGAUAUCCUUCCUAAGAAAAUCUUGGCCAGAGAGUAUCUGAAGUCACUGGAAGAAAUGGAAAAAGAUGAUGACAACCUGUAGUGAUGUGUAGCAAGUCGGAGGAAAUCACUGUGAACUGGUUCUGACCACUUCCUCACUAAAACCGUGGAUAAAAUCAUA